GCCUGGGUGCAGCCAAGCCGCAAAUGCUCGACACCACGCCUUCCUCGCAGGGCAGCAAGACGACCGCCGGCGCAGGCGCAGCGUUGGCCGCGGGCGCUGGAGUGACGUCUCCGGAGCUGGAGAAUGUGCCGCUCUCAACGCCGCCGUACUUCACGCAGCUGCCGCCGCCCACGCCGCGCCGCCGCCGACCAGGCGCGGCGCUGGCGUCGCCGAUGGUGGUGCUGUCUCGCGGCUGGCUGCGCAGACACCGGCCCGCCGUGCUGAUCACCGCCUCCGUGCUGGGCGCCGCCGUCCUCGUAGUGCUGCUCGCCGCCCUCGCCUACCACGUCACGCCGUCAACUGUGUCCGAAGACUACGAGCUGGAUAUAGAAGAGGAAUCGGGGAAUGUGGAGGUGUCAUUGGGACACCGGGUCAUAGAAGAUGAGUUCGACACGUCACGACCGCUGGUUGUUGAGGGCAACGGUACUAUUGUGGAGCCUCCGACUCCGAAAGAUUUAGAGGGAGGGGAGACCCAGCCUCGAGUUGCCGACGAUAGCAUUCUGGUUCCUCGCUUGGUGGAGGAGGGCAAUCCGGAGCAUACACCAGAGGUCGGUGCCGUGCUGAGAGAUGCCGUCAGGUCCUUCAGAAGUCCUUCCCGUAGCAGAAGGCACCGCACCGACGACUCCUUCGCCGCAGACCCGCCCACAGUCGAGCGCUUCGCCGACAAACCAAGUACUCCGCAGGGCCUUGCUUCUGAGCAGGGUUCACACAUCAGCGGAGGCGCUGUGGAUGUCACGUACGCUCACAGAACGAAUGAGGGACCAUCGGUAGAUGCAGGACCGAAUGUGAUCAAAGUUAGUGUGUCAACAAAUGGACAGGGCAAAGGACUUUGGAAGUGGGCAGCACUGCCGUUCGAUCAUACCUAUGAUAUAGAGUUGGAUGAGAUUGGAAAUUCAGUUUCUGAAACCAUAAAACGAGCCGGUGGGACAGAAAAACCUGUGGAAUAUGCAAGAGAGUACAAUCUGGGUAGCGAUGCUAGACAUCAGUCCGAGGUCACUGGUAUCGAGUCAAAUUCGGUGGAAUCUAGUAGAUUUCAAAGCGGAACUCCUCAGGAGCCUGAGGAGAGUGUAGUACGGACUUUAAGAAAAUGGCCAUUAAACCAUCCUCUAGGGCAACAAGAGCGGUUAGUAACAGUGAUAAAGAUUCCUGGUGUUAUUAGGAGGCAGAAGCGUGGUGUGAGACCAGAAUCUGAUGUGAGUGAUCACAAUCUUAUCCAACGGAUGAGCAGACGCGAUGCAAUAUUGGGCUCAUUAUUUCGGAAAUUAAAUGGAAAGAGUUCUCCUUCAAACGAGAAGGGAUCCAUUACAGGUGAUGCUAGAAGGUUUAAUAGGCGCACUCCAUUUCGAAGCAAGAGACAAGUCUACUGGGGGCCAUACUAUGACCCUCAUAACAGGUUUCACGUUGACACUGAAAGCGUGGAAGACUCUUCGAGCGAAGACGUCUCAGACAACGAUGUGAGCCACUUGAGAAGCCCAUACAGUUGGUUUUAUGCACCUCAAACUUUUCGUGCACGGUCGCCUUACGGAUAUCCUUCUACACAGUACUGGUCCUUGUACCACCCACAUUCACCAUUCUAUCUGAAUGGAGCCCACAUUGGACAACCAGAUUUCUACCAGGCCAGAUCAUUUCAGGACGUCACUAACACCGAGCAGCGCUCGCGACAUUAUGAAGGUGGUGAAGUAAGUGGGCCUGAAGAAGCAGAUUCACAAAGCAGACAAAUGGAGAAAGCAUUAGAGACGUCUGUUGUCGCUCCUGUGAAUAUCUCACCAGAACUGUUCGCGAGGGUAAUAAAAUCAGAAACUCCAGCGGAAUUUGCGAAACAUCUGCGGGAACUGUCGAAGACACACAUGUCAAAUCUCAGGCAGUCUCUUCCGGACGAGAACAGGAGGCGGCUGGAAGGCUUCACAAAUGUCUUGUCUGCGCUGGACGAGCAAACUGCGGGUCAGCCUCAGAGCGAUUCAUUUAUCGCGAGGUCGUCUGAAGCGGCUGCAGCGGUAGCAGGCUCUGAGAACGAGACUUCUGCCGCAAAUAGUCUACAGCAACAACCGACCAAAGCGUUUCAGCAACAUACAGAAGAAAUAGAGAGUACCGAGUCCUCAUCUGAAGAAGAGGGUGUAGAAAGGUCCGCUGAACCGGGUCUAGAGAAGCCCUUCACGGCGUACGGAAUUGUCAAGCUGAUAAACGUCUUGCCCUCUGACACAAUAACGAAAAUUAUUGAGUCAUUAUCCGCGGAAGCUUUCGCUGACUUGUUGAAGGGGCUGUCGAAAGAAGAAAUAAUGAAGAUAAAAAAUAGUUUGCCGCCGGAGAAGCUCGGGGCUAUUAAGAAAAUGUUCUCGCCAGAGGAACUGGAGGAGGUGAGGGAGACAUUGGGGAUAAAGUCGAACGCUACUUCUGCACCAGCAUAUGGACAGACAGCGACGGAAGUUCCCGGAAGUCUCACCAGCGCCGCUUCUGAAGAGGCAUCACUGGACUACAGUGAUGACGGUCCUGGCGCGUCCACCUACGCGCCACUGACGGUGGUGCAUGAAAGCAACACGGUUGCUGCUCUGGUUGACUCGCAAGAUCCUGCAGAGGAGGCAGAGCCACGGGACGAGAGCGCGCGAUCGUUCCUGCGCCGGAACGGCACGGGCUCCCUCGUCCUGAAGCAGCUGCGACCUGGCCUGCUGCAGCAGACCGUGGCGGCCAUGAGCAGCCCUGUGGCGGCAGCGGGGAUGGCGCAGCUAGCGGUGCAGGACCAGCGCGUCGGCCGCGAGAUGGACGUGGGGAACCCCCUGGACGCAGUCCUGGCCGCUACUUCCCAGCCCCAGCCACAGAGGCAGCACCGUGCAGACACCACCGACGCCAUCCUCAGCACGCUCACCGCACUGGCCGAAGACGUCCACUGGAUACGGGUGCAGCUCGCUAGUUCCAACACGUCUAUUGCGGGCGCGGCCAGGUCCAGCCUGCUGGAGGCAGAGCUGGAGUCUGCGCGUCGCUCCUUCAUGAAGCACACGGCGUUAUCUGGGAGUGGCCUCACCCCUCUGGACAGGGAGCGGCUGGCCGCGCUGCCAGACCUUGCUGAUCAGCUCAAGGCCAGGCAGGCAGGGAAUGCCAUCCCCAAGAUUGUAGCUGCAGACUACCCUACAGGCAUGGAAGGAGACUACGCUGGUGCUGUGGAGGCCACAGCAUCGACUGCAUACACUGUCACUAGUCCUGGUGUGGAUGCUACCACUCCUAAGACUUGGGCACAUGGACAGUACAUGCUAACUGCCAAACCAGGCAUCACAGCUCCAGAACCAAACACUGGCAUUCACUUCCCUUCUCAAUCUUCUGGGACAGCAUUUCAGAACGGUGGCGCGCACAAGACGCUGGACGGUGGACAGCUGGUGGCGCUGCCGAUCCACUCUGGCGGGCAGCACGUGCCCCUCUGUAUCUACAGUCACCACCACCAGCAGCAGCAGCAGCCACUGGUGCCCGCUUGGCCGCUGUACAGGCAGGCACCUCCCCCGCCCCAGGCGGCCGCCUACGCCUCCGCGGUCGCCAUCGUGCCGCAGCCGCAGCUGAUCAAGACUGACGACAAAGUCGAGGGCAAGGAGUUGCCGGUGCUGCACCACCAGCAGAACGUGUACAACUACUACAGCGGCGCAGGCCUGCCUUGGCACCACGCCUCGCGCCCGCAGACGGCGCAGCAGCAGCAGCAGCCACCACUGCAGCCUGUCAUCUGCGGGUGGGCGCCGCCCUCUCCAGAACUGCAAAUCCCUCUACACUCCCACACAGCUCUGUUCCAGCCUUACCUCAACUGGAGGCUCCACGGUCAAGCUGGAGUCGACGCAGCAACUAACUUGCAGCACAGUGCGGUGCUGCAGGUUCAAACGACAAAAAGUGAAGAGGCAGGUGUAAAGCAACGAACCACCGCAGGGGAAGCUGUGUUCACACAAAAACCUCUCGUCGAGCAGCCGCCUUCGUCAGCUAGGGAUAGCCACUUGGGCGAGGGGAAGAGCGGACUCGGGGAGGCAUCCGGAGGUAGCCAGCUGUUCGAGCAAUCGCAGAAUCAGUCUACGUCGGCGCCUGCACCACGUGCGGACUCCACUAGUGAGUGGCAGGCUCCAGCCACUGGGUCGAAACACCGCCAAAACGCGACAGCUCGUGAUCCCUGCUGUGACGGAACGACGGACGCCGCUGGCGAAAGUCAAAGGGCCAACGUCGCUUCUCAGAAACACGACACCGAAGAGAAGCAGCGGUUCGCGAGUGAGAUCCGCCCACUGCAAGGUACGCACGCCGCUAUUCUGUCGGGCCUCGCUGUCACCCCAACCGUGCCUGUUCUCUCUAGCACCGGCGGCAAUGCUGCUAGAAACAGGUGACAUAUCGCAACUCCCAAACUAUUACGUGCCACAGCCUAUUCGAGGCGUUAGUUUAACUUUCGUAUUUUUUAAAUUGUUGUUCAUAAUGAACAGUGCUCACAAGCGUAAGAAAUUUCAUGCAAUCUGUGAUUUUUUGUGAUUGUGUUUAUUCACUAUUGUAAAUAUCUUCACAAAAUGCCUAUGCCUUUAUUGUAUUUAAUUAAAUUUGCUGAAAAAAUAUUAUAGUAGUAGUAAGAGGUACGCAUCUUGAAUGGAAUAUCAUAUUGUUUCUGUACAUAAAAUUUCGUUUACCAAGAAAGCUAAACUACGUAAUGUAAACAGUGUACGGAUUGGUAUUAUUCAGUCAGCAAGUGGCAGAAAAAUACUUUCUACCUCUAGUGGUAUUCUGAACGAUCAUCAUUCUCGUUUGCCAUAAUCUGCCGAGUGCUAACGUGAUACUGCUUUCAUCCUUACAAUGCAAAAUGCAUUUGAUUAUCUUGUGUGUUGCGUCAAGUGUGAAUAGUAAUGUCACUAUGUAACGUGCAAUGUUAUCUUGAAGUGUAAAAAUCUCACAUGAUACAUUUUAUGGGCUGCUACAUGUGCUCUUCG